UUUUCGUCACGUGACAGGAAGUAUGUCUUGGAAGUUCAACGCUGUUCGGAAGUGUGAUUAUUUUCGAUGUAGCUACGCACAUCUCUGCUGUCUUGAAAUUCGGCAACCAUCCAUUUAUUCUAGGAGGUUUAACUGUGCUGUCUAUGAAAACUAGCGCAGUUAGUGUUACAUCUGAGUCUGACUUUCUGACUGUUUUAGCUCUAGUCUCUCCACUCUAGCAUGCUACUAGUAGCUAAAUGGCUAGCUAAGUUGGAUCACAACCUUGUUGUGUUUGUCUUUACAACCACGCUGAGUUUUGUUCUCUGUUGAUGGUAAACGUUUUUGUAAGUCCUUUGUCACUUAUACUCUUACUUAAUUUAGCUAAUGUAUGUUUCUGUUGACAGUGAAAGGGACGUAUUCAAGUUAUGUAAGUUAACGCUAGGUUAACCAUCUCUGUAGUCUUGCCGUUAGUGAAUUUUAACAAGACACAAUGACCCCUUGCUGACAGUGGCAUUAGGCUAGGCAUCGGAUUCAGCAAAUCUUAGUUGUUAAGUCAAUGAAGAGGUGCAGCUUUGGCUCUCGUCUUUGGCUGUAAGUCAGUAGCACCACUGAUAGUAUAAUGCUGAGUUCGUGGUAGUGUGAGAGGGUAGCUGUAGUCAGGUCAUGUUGUGAAGCGCUUCGCUAACAGCCAGCGUUGGAAAAGGCGGCGCACCUCAUACAUCACUAACUUUACGCACUGAAAACCUUCCCUAUGAGGGAUGCAUCCAAGAGAGUGGUUAUUUUAUUGUUACAAUUUCCUCCCACACCUCGAAGUAGAUCUCAGCAUCCCUGAGCAACCACGAUGUUGGAGGGUCUUGUUGCCUGGGUGCUAAACACAUACCUUGGAAAAUAUGUCAGCAACCUGAACACAGAUCAGCUGUCCAUCGCUCUUCUGAAAGGUGCAGUUGAACUGGAGAACCUCCCUCUCAGGAAAGAUGCCCUCCAAGAGUUUGACCUCCCAUUUGAAGUCAAAGCAGGCUUCAUCGGAAAGAUUACCCUCCAGAUCCCUUUCUACCGGCCUCACAGUGACCCAUGGGUCAUCUCCAUGUCCCAGCUCAACCUGAUCAUUGGCCUUGCCCAGCUGCAGGAGUAUGAUGGAGAGAAGGAGAGAGAGGAGGAGAGACAGCGCAAGAAACACCUCCUCAAGGCUCUUGAAGACAAAUUCAAAAGUGAGUGUGAACAGAGAGGAGAGUCUUACUGGUACUCUGCCACUGCCUCAGUGGUCACCAGAAUUGUGGAAAACAUUGAGCUGAAGAUCCAAGAUGUGCAUCUUAGAUUUGAGGAUGACUUUUCCAACCCAGAGGCGCCCUUUUCCUUUGGGGUUUGUAUUAAGAACGUUUCUGCUCAGAACCCUUCCAAAGAGUUGGUCCAGAAGCUCCUUCGACAAAAGCAGCUGGAGAUAGAAGACUUCAGCGUCUACUGGGAUACAGAGUGUGAAAUGCUGGCAAAGUGUCCGGCCAAUCAGAUCCAGGACGUGAUGGCCCAGUGUAUGCAGAGUCGUGAGCAUCAGUACAUCUUUGAACCAGUCCGUGCUUCCGUGUUGCUCAGACGAAAUGCCUCCAAGGAGCCUUUGAGGUCCCGAAAUACCCCACGGAUUGAAGGCCAAGUUCAGCUGGAGCCCAUGUCCUUACGCCUGUCACAGAUCCAAUACCAGCAGAUCAUGGCCUUCCUCAAAGAGUUGGACCGCAGAGAGAGAGAGAUGUUAUAUCGAAAGUUGAGACCCAAAGUUCCCAUUUCUGGGAACUGUCGUCAGUGGUGGUUGUUUGCCAUCCAGGCCAACCUGAGUGAAAUCAGGGAGCAGCGGCAGCGAGGCAGUUGGGACUUUGCCCUUCAGCGGGCACGAGACGCCCAGACCUACACCAGCCUCUACUUCAGAAGACUCAAAGAGGUCCCACUGAGUUCUGAAGAAGAGAGUGAGCUUGAGCGAGUGGAAGAGGAGCAGACAAUAGAGGAGCUGCAGAGUCUCAGAGAAAUAGUCUACGACUGGUUUCGGAAGCAAGAAGAGAUUGCUGAGAAUGUGCGAGAGCCCAGCAGUGACCCCCAGACCUGUUCACCCACCACAGCUAUCCCCAAGAGUGGGAGCUCAGGGAUGAUCCAGUACCUGCAGUCUUGGUUCCCGGGCUGGGGAGGCUGGUAUGGAGAGUCACAGGACCCAGACAGGCCUGAAGAGCUCCUGCCAAGUUCUUCCUCCUGGGAUAUUCUAGCAGAGACAGAAGACUUGUUCGAUCCACUGGAGGAUUCUCACACACUCAACACGUUUACCAGGCGAGAUCAUCUGUUUGCUCGUCUGGAGUUCUUACUGGAGAAGGGUGGAGUUACGCUAUUCCACCAGGACAAGACAGGGCACACACUACACGAGAGUGGGGUCAUCCAGUUGGAAUUCUCAGGAGUGAAGGUCAUUUUGGAGUCUCUUCCUCGCUCCGAGUCCUCCCUGCUGUCUGUUAAACUGGGUGGCUUGUUCCUGAGAGACUUGACUACUCAGGGCACAAUCUUUCCUGUCCUGGUGUCUCCCAAAAUGGACAAAUUUGUUGUUGCCAUAAACAAGCCAUCUGGCCAGUCCAGCAGCAUCCCUGAGUGCGAUUCUUCAUUGCCAGUGUUUGAGAUGAUUUAUGAGCGUAACCCCGUGAGGAGUAAAUUUGAGAGAAGACUGGAAGUGAGCACCAGUCCAUUGAACAUCAUCUAUAACCCACAAGCAAUCAAAAAAGUUACUGAGUUCUUCUAUAAAGGAAGAGUUCAUACUUCGGGUUUUGGCUAUCAGUCAGAGUUGGAGCUGAGAGUGGCAGAGGCUGCCAGGAGGCAAUACAAUAAGCUGAAGAUGCAAACUAAGGCAGAGAUCCGACAAACCAUUGAUCAGCUGCUUGUGGGAGAGUUUAUUGAAAACAGUAAACGUUGGACUGUGAAACUAGACAUUUGUGCACCCCAGGUGAUUUUCCCAGAUGACUUCCAGUCAGAGGACCCAAUGCUAGUUGUAGUCGAUUUAGGCAGAAUUUUCCUCACAAACUCUCAAGAUGAGACCAAGGCCAGCUCAAAAGCCCCUCAACCUGAGAGGGAAGACAUGAGCGAUGAUGAGUACCAGACACCCCUUGCCACCCCGCCAGAAUCUCCCUCACCUGAACUAGACACGCCUUUGAAAGAACAGCCCAGAAGCUCGGAACUUUCCAACAUGAGAUACCCUGAAAACGCGCAGGCUUACAGCAGAAAGCUUUAUGAGAAAUACUCCUUGUCCUUUAAGGACCUGCAGAUAAUGGUUGGUCGCUGUAAGGACAACUGGAAACAUCUUCAAGAGAGUGAGGUAGGGCCUACUCAUGUUGUGGAGAAGUUUAAUGUCCUGCUGCAGCUUGAGCAGAGACUGCGCUACACGUCAGACCCCCAGCUCCCUGGGGCAGUUCUGUCAGGAGCCCUACCAGAUCUCAAGGUUCAUAUCAACCUUGAGAAGAUGACUGCCCUGAGGAGUUGUUUGGCUAGGCUUAGCAAUUCAUCUGUAAGUGAGGGGGACAAAAGCCAAGAGAGAGGCCCAAAUAUAAUGUCUCCUGACCCCCUUACCCUCCGCCAUGACAAGAUCUUUCAGAGGGAGGACAGUUCCUGGAAUCUGCAUGGUUCAGCCAAGAACCUAACACAGAGUGUGACGACUUUAGAGCAGCACACACGGGAAGUGUUAGUGGAAUCCCGUCUACUUCUAGCUGAAUUCAACAUUAACUACAUGCAGCUUGGUGUAGAGAGUGAUGGCCACUACAUAUCUGUUCUCAAGGUAUUUGGGACAAAUGCUCAUUUUGUCAAACGGCCAUAUGAUGCUGAAGUCUCUCUGACUGUCCAUGGUCUUCUCCUGGUGGACACCUUGCAGACCUAUGGCUCAGACUUUGACCUCCUUGUGGCUUCUCAUAAGCAUCUCAGUUUUGACAUUCCCACAGGCAGCCUCAGAGAGAGCAAGCCUUCAUCUCCUCUGUCAUCCGAAGACAGGUCUCCCCAGCAUCAGGGCCACUAUACUGAGUCAUCCUCUAGUAUGCCCAUGGAAAAACCUUCCCCCUUCAGUUCAUUUCUGAAAGACCAGGAAGCCCUGAUUAAGCUUGAGUACCAGUUUGUGAGCUCAGCGUGCCCCUCCAUGAACCUGGACAGCUCCCUUCAGGUGACAAGCAUGCAAGUCAAUAAUUUGGACAUAAUUCUCAACCCUGAGACCAUGGUGGAGCUACUUAAGUUUCUCCAGAAAUCUUUCCCCAAAGAACAUAGCACCUGGACAUCUUCAGUGCAACAACAUGCACAGCAACCUGGCAGCGAGGAAGGGGAAGAGCCAUAUAAAACCACCUGUGACCAGAACAAAGAGCUGACUGUUGAGAUCCACCGCCUCAACCUGCUUCUCCUUCGCACCGUGUCCAGUGGCACUGUCCUGGGUGCAGAAAAGAAAGGGUUGAAGAUUGCCACUGCCAGCAUCACUGGCACCAAGGUCAACGUGUCCAUGGGGAAUCGCUUGGACAUCAACGGUUCGCUUGGGUCCAUGCAGUUGAUUGACCUGACCCAAGAAGGAGGCCGGAGCCAGUUUGUGGUCAGCAUUGGCAGUGUUGAGGACAGCUCCUCUACUCAUGGUGGUUUAAUGUUUCUUGCUGGUACACAAAAUUCUCACUCAGAAGCUUUAAAUUUUCGCCUCAUGGAGAAAUCCCAUGGGGAGUGUUCUUUGCAACUUCAAAUGGCAUCCUUGCACUAUAACCACUCAGCCAAGUUCCUGAAGGAGCUGAGUUUGUCUGCCAAUGAGGUGGAAGACAAUUUCCGCUCUAUGCUGAAAAGUGCUGCCUCCAAAGUGUCAACAGUUCUAGCCACUAAGACAGCAGAGUACAGCGGUAUGGUUUCACUCUUUGAGACUCCCUCACGGAGGACUCGAACUCAGAGUCAAAGCUGGGCUUAUCCAUUUGAGGAAGAGGAUAAUCUUCCUAUGGAGGAACCCGAAUCCACUGUAGACACAUUCUUGGUCAAGCUGACCCUUAACAUCAGCAUUGAAUCACCAGUUGUGUCCAUUCCCCGUAAACCUGGACACCCUGAGCUAUUGGUGGGUCAUUUGGGAAGCAUAAGAAUCUACAAUUUUAUUACUGGACAAGACUCUGAAGGAGAACUGUUGCAGGUGUUGGUGAAGGAUAUUCGACUGUAUUCACUCAACAUGAGCCAUUUGGUUUUGAAGAGAGCACCUAAAGGGGAUACCCCUGGCAGCAUGUCACCAUCCCACAAUGGGAGCAUCAGUCAAGAUGAACCGCAGUUCACACGUCAUGACUUCUUUGAAUCCCUCAGCCACGGUAAAGCCUUCCAUAUAUUGAAAGACACCACAAUACAGUUCACCCUGGAGAAAGUUCCCAGUGAUGAAGACACCCAGUUUACCUUCCUCACCACAGAAGAGACCUACAAGAGCACAGGGCUGCUAAGAGUUGAGGGCAAAUUUGUCAACCCGGUUCAGGUGUUCCUGUGCAAGCCUGUGUAUGAACAAGUCCUCCAGACACUGGACAACUUAUCCCUGAUUGAAGAGCAACAUGUCACGCCCAGUCAACCGCCCACACCCCCACCACCAACUCCUUCCAUCACCAGACCUCACCGCUUUCCUGACCCCCAGGGAGGGCUUUUUGCAAGGGACCCUCCCCAUAUAAGUUUCUCCCAUUCGUCUCUUUCCUCUCCUUUGCCUCUACAGUCUCCCAAACCUGCUCCUCACUCUCCCUCAUUCACUCAGAUCAAAGUCACCUUACAUGUGGCAGAAUUGCAGGUUCAGCUCACUGCUGACCUGACCCAGGGCUCUCAGGGCUUAGUCAGUCUGCGCUUCCAGGAUCUAGAGGGAGACUUUACCAAAGACCACCCUCACCUACUGGCAGUCCAGCUGGCUCUGCGCUCUCUGCUCAUGGAGGAUCUCUUGGAGCAGAACCCUGAGUCUAAGUACAAGCAUUUGAUGGUGUCUCGUGGAGCUCCCAAGCCCUCCACCUUCAAUCCAAAGGAGUACCUUUCGCAAAGCUGUCCAUCAGCAUCCAAUGCCCUGUAUCCAGACAUGCCACGGUCACUGCCUGCCCACAUGGAGGAGGCCCAGAAUGUCUUCCAGCUCUAUCAGAGGCAUCUCGGCACCCCUUCAGCUAGUAGUCGCAAAUCCAAGAGGGACCCAGACUGUCCUAGCACUCCACCGCCCUCUCCCACUCACCAUACCCUAUUCCCUCAGCCAUCUCCGGACUUUGAUGAUUCAUUAGUUCAUAUCAAUGUGCUACUGGUAGACCAGAACCAUCCCGAGUUCAAAACACGCUUUGGCAGCGUGGGAAGAAGUGUGGAUGUUGACUUUAACUGCCUGGAUGUUUUGAUCACACUACAGACAUGGGUAGUUAUCCUGGACUUCUUUGGUAUUGGCUCCACAGCCAAUAAUCAUGCAGUGAAGGUGCACCCUCUGUCACCUGACCCUGUGCUAGGACAUCCUCUAUACGAGCCAGACAUCAGUGAGAAGGAGAUAACAGAGACCGUCAACACUAAAAUUGACCUUAAGGUUCAUUCUUUGUCUCUUGUGCUGAACAAGAAGCUCAAUGAGCUUGCCAGGGCUAGUGUAUCCAAGUUAUCCGCUCAUCUACAAAUGCUGGAUGGCGACCUGACAUUACAAGGCAGUUUAAGAAGUUUGUCCCUAAGUGACCUUACCCCACAUGGUGAUCUCUACAGAGAGCGUUUUGUCACCCGUGGAGGGGAGGCUCUCAUUUUCAACAUCCACAAAUAUGGACAGCCUGAUCCAUACCUGGAGCGGGAAUGUGACAUCAGGGUGUCCUUGCAGAUGGCCUCAGUGCAGUAUGUCCACACCCAGCGCUUCCAGGCCGAGGUGGUGGCCUUCAUCCAACAUUUCACCCAGCUACAGGAUGUCCUUGGCAGGCAGCGGGCUGCAAUGGAGGGCCAAGCUGUGCGGGAUCAUCCUCAAAGGGCUUCCAGGGUUUUGCUGGAUAUUGAGGCUGGCGCCCCGGUUAUCCUCAUCCCAGAGAGCUCGCGCUCGCCUAGGGUCAUUGUGGCCAACCUUGGUCAGUUGAGAGUGCAGAACUGCUUUCUGCCAGCUGGGGCUCGUGGCACUUUUUCCCUCAAAGACAAGGUAGAGAAACUCACCAUGGCACAUGCCUUUUUCCCUUCUCUGGAGCGUGUCCAGAGUGCAGCAGAGAGGUGCUGUAAGCCUGGAACCUCCCCCUCAAGCACAUCCUCUUCUGCAGGGUUAACUCUUGGCAGUCCACAGGCCCCAGAUACAGGGAGGGCCACUGAGGAGGAAGGCCUUCACUGCCUAGACCACUUGUGCCUGUUAGACUGCAUUGCCCUGGACCUGCAGGAGAUGGAUAUUUUUGCUGCAGAACGUCUGCCCUGUCAGCUCUGGGACAGUGGUGGUAAACCUCCUUCCACGGACCUGAUCUUUCCUUCAUACUUGGUCCGUCGCACUGGAGACAGUCUGCUGAAAAACUGCUGCCGUCUCAAGCUUAAAGUUGAACGCAACCUUGACAAGGAGUUGAGCCACGCAGUACCUGACAUGUCCAUCCAUGGCAGCCUAUCAUCAGUACACUGCUCCCUGGACCUGGUGCACUACCAGCUGAUCAGAGGGCUGCUGCAGAACAACUUGGGAGAACCUGUCGAAGAUUUCUUACGACCCUACAACCUACAGGACCCUAGUACUUAUACGGUGUUAAGUGGAGACGUGUACACUAGCUUGUCAUUCUCGGUGAACAUGAUGGAUGUCAGUCUGGAGCUCUUUGACACACCCAAACACACCGAACCCAAUCACUCAUUAGCAAGAUUUGACUUCAUGAAAUCCAAGCUGCUCUUUGAGAGUUUUUCCAAUGGAUCCAAGUCUGUCAACUUGGUGUCUCACUCCCUGCUGGCAUACGACACUCGGUACACUAGCCUGAAUAAAACUACAUCUGCAGGUGACGGUACAAGGCCCAAUGUCUUCGACUGCAUCCUCCAGCCCUCUAGAGCAGGCAGUAACCACGCAUCACUGCAGUUGGAACUACAUUAUAGAUCCACACGUGAAUCUUCUUGCUUCACUGUGGUCCUCAACAAUCUGAGGGUGUUUCUUAUCUUCGACUGGCUCCAGUUGGUGCGAGACUUUCUGCAGUCGCCAGUGGAGAAGGCAUGGGGCCGUGAUGAGCCUCAUCAGUGCUGGCCCAGUAACACUAGCACUGACUCGGGCAUGGCCACCAAAAGCACCACUGCAACCAUCAUGCCAAAGACAGUCAAGAGUGGUGUGGUCACCAAGAGGUCCACAGUGCCCGUCACCCAGGACUACUGCCUGGAAGUCAAGAUCAAUGUGACUGGCACAGAGUUUGUAGUUGUGGAGGACUCUUCAUGUCUGGAUACCAAUGCCAUCAUUCUAAAAGGCACCACAGUCCUCACCUACAAACCCCGUCUGCUGGACCGACCCUUCUCUGGCAGCCUCGCAGGAAUAGAGGUUUUCUCAUGUCGGUUGGGCAGUGAGCAGGAGACAGCAUUGUCCAUCAUUGACCCUGUCAAUGUUCAGGUGGAGCUGUGUGGGAGUCCCACAUACCAAAGCAGCGCAGGUCUACUAGAUGCCUUCAAUGUGGAGGACAUCCCACCACUACUGGAGAUUCAGUUUCCUGCUCUGGACAUCCGUCUGUCUUACAAUGACAUUCAGCUUUUCUUGGCCAUUGCCAAGUCCAUCCCCGCUGCGAGCACUCCACUGCCCCCUGAUUCCGAUACCACACCUGCAUCCAACACUGGGCCCACUGCUACACUCAAAGACAGCUUCAGGCCGAAGACUGAGGCCCUCGCAGAGGGCCAACUAAUCCAUCUACAAGACCUUGGUUUUAGGAAAGAGGACUGCAAAAGAGCCCUGUUGAACUGUAAAGGCCAGCUGGACCAAGCUGCUACAUGGCUGCUGGAGAAUGCUGAGAAUGUGGCAGGCCAUUCCAGAGCUAGGGCUGACUCUGGCACCAGCAGCCACUCAGCUCCGCUGUCUGGGGUGGAGGUGAAGGCUGAGAGUGUCUGCAUUUGUUUCAUCGAUGACUGUCUGGACUGUGACAUACCGCUGGCUGAGCUCACCUUCUUCAGGCUUUAUGUGCUACAACGCAUUGGUUCUACCCAGGAAGGAAACACCAGCUUUACUCUUUCUGGAGACUACUACAACAGAGAGUUGUCAGGUUGGGAGCCAUUCAUUGAGCCCUGGCCCUGUGUCCUGUCCUGGCAGCAGCAGGCCGCUGGCCGUCUCCACCCUCCACGUCUGAAGAUGGAGAUCCGAGCCAAGCAGAGACUGGAUGUGAACAUCACUUCUGUCCUGUUGGAACAAUAUAACACAACCAAGAGCGCCUGGAUAGCUGACUACUGUAAGGAGGACGAACAGACCCCCCAGUCUUCACCCCCUCUGCCCUGGAUGGGCUCCUCAGUUGACCCGCCCAGCUUUGGACAGAAUGUCAAGCUGUCCAAGAGGAGGCAGCCAUUCGUACCAUAUGCUCUGCGCAACCACACAGGAUGUACCAUGUGGUUUGCCACUCUGACUACAACUCCCACAAGGGUGGCGUUGUCUCACAGCAGUAGUGCGGACUCCAUCUCAGAUGUCCACGGCCAAGGAGCUGAUGACACUCACAAUGUCAGCCAGUGGAGAGAGGUGUUGCCUGGGGAAGAGAUUCCCUUUGAGUUUGAAGCCCGUGAGAAACUCCGCCAUCGACACACUCAUGAGCUGAAGCUACAUCAGCUGCUGGUUCGGGUCUGUGGAUGGGAGCAAGUCAAGCCGGUGUCUGUGGACAAAGUGGGUGUUUUCUUCCGUUAUGCAGCUGCGGACAGAAACAACUCUUCUAACACUGUUGGCAGUCCUAUUAGCAGAACCAACAUCAUCCACCCACAUGUUUAUUUCUCAGCCCUGCCUCCAGUCAGAGUUGUCUUCUCCAUCACAAUGGAGGGCAGUGCCAGGAAGGUCAUUACUGUUCGAUCGGCUCUCAUGGUGAAGAACCGGCUGGAUGUUCCUAUGGAGAUCAGACUCGACAGCCCCUCUGCCCCUGACAAACCAGUGGUGUUGCCCCCUAUCCUGCCUGGCAAGGCCUUGGCGGUCCCCCUCCACCUGACGUCAUGGCGGCUGCAGGCUCGGCCCAAAGGUCUGGGCUUGUUCUUCUGUAAGGUUCCCAUUCACUGGACCAGCGUGGAACGUCCUGGAGAGACCAGCAGCAGCAAGAGGGAGUGUCAGUCAGCAGACUUUGAUGACAGCCUCAAGCACAACUUCAGGUUUUGCGUGGUCAUAAAGAAGGAGAACUACCCAGAGCAGCAACCUGCCAAGAGGGUUUCCAGCAGUGCUAAACAGAUCUACCGACAGCCAGGCCACACCAUCUAUCUGCUGCCCACCAUGGUGCUGGCCAACCUUCUGCCCUGCGACCUCAACUACUACAUCAAAGGAACAUCCAUCAAAGGCUCACUGAAGCCGGGAAAAGAGGCAGUGCUUCACACUGCAGACACCUCGCAGAAUACGGAGCUUGGAAUCCUGCUGGAGAGCUUCCCUGUGUGCAAGGAGUUGCUUAUUCCUCCUGGGACUCAGAACUAUGUGGUACGCAUGAGGCUGUAUGACACCAACAAACAUCUGCUUUGCCUCACCAUCCGCAUAAUACUGCGGGCACAAGGGGCUCUGAAGAUCCUGAUUUCUGCUCCCUACUGGCUCAUCAACAAGACUGGUCUGCCGUUAAUUUUCCGUCAGGACAAUGGCAAAGCUGACGCAGCAGGCCAGUUUGAGGAGCACGAGUUGGCCCGAAGCCUCAGUCCAUUACUAUUCUGCUAUACUGACAAGGAGCAGCCUGCAAUGUGUACUAUGCGGAUCGGUAAAGGGAUCCACCCAGAUGGCGUUCCAGGCUGGUGCCAAGGCUUUUCCUUGGAUGGAGGGAGUGGAGUCAGAGCAGUGAAGGUUAUCCAGCAUGGGAACAGGCCUGGCCUCAUCUACAAUAUAGGCAUCAGUGUGCAGAAAGGCAAAGGACGUUACAGGGAUACUCAUGUAGUGACCUUUGCCCCACGCUACCUGCUGGACAACCGCUCUACGCACAAACUGGCCUUUGCUCAGAGAGAGUUUGCAAGAGGAAAGGGUACAGCCAAUCCAGAGGGUUACAUCUCCACCCUGCCAGGCUCCAGUGUUGUCUUCCAUUGGCCCCGCAAUGACUAUGAUCAGCUGCUUUGUGUGCGGCUCAUGGACACCCCCAACUGCACCUGGUCGGGAGGCUUUGAGGUCAACAAACCCAAGUCCUUUCAUGUAAACAUGAGGGACACACUGGGGAACUGUUUCUUCCUGCGAACCGAGAUCACCCUGAAAGAAGCCACCUACCAGAUCUCCUUCACCGACACUGACCAGCUGCCGCCACCUUUCCGUAUUGACAACAUGUCUGAGGUGCCUAUCCAGUUUUGGCAGCAUGGUGUGGUUGACAUCCGUCUGCACACUGAGGUGAAGGCAGGGUCUGUGCUUGACUAUGCCUGUGAUGAGCCCACGCUUCCCCCUUACCUCACGUUGACUGUGAAGGGAGCUGGAUCCUCAGAGGUUGCAGCUGACAUGAACUUCUUCAGAGAAUACAACAAGCUAUACUACGAGAACUUCAUUUACAUUGCAGCAACACACACGUUCUCACAGAACGUUGAGAGGAAACCUGUUGGGAAGAAGCUUCUGGCAAGCUGUGCUGAACUUGUUCUUGAUGUGGACACCAAGACUCAAAGGGUCAUCCUGAAAAAGAAGGAGCCAGGGAAGCGCUCCCAGCUGUGGAGGAUGACUGGAUCCGGCAUGCUGUGUCAUGAAGGCUCGUCUCCACCGCAGAGCAAGCCAGCCCAGCCACGCCCACCGGACUCCUCUUUGGUGUUGGACAUUGCAGGGCUUGCAGCCGUUACUGACAACAGUUUUGAGCCGUUAAUGCUGAGGAGGCCGGACUCUCGUCGCAGCACCACCCAGACGUGGUACUUCAGCUCAGGCAUGCUGACUUGUGGCCUUCCUCGGCUGGUAGUGCAGGUGAAGGGCGGGGUGGCAGGCCUAUAUGAUGGAGCAGAGGUGGUGCUGGGACCAGACUCUGGUCUGCUACAUCCUGGCCCUGAGCAGCAGUUCAUCAACCAGAAGAUGAGACCUGGCUCUGGGGUGCUGUCAGUCCAGGUGCUUCCAGAUGGACCCACACGUGUCCUUCAGAUCAGUGACUUUCAUCAGAGAAGAAUGAUCCAAAGUUCACCCAGCACAGAGCAGGACAGGACCAAAGAGAAUGUGAAGAAGAAAGAGACUGAGCAGGAGCAGGAGCAGGAGUUGGAGGUCUUGGUGAACUUGGAGGAAGGCCUGGGUGUCUCUCUGGUCAACAAGGUUCCUGAGGAGCUUGUGUUCAUUACACUGUCUGGUAUAUAUGUUCACUUCAUCCGCACUGCUGCUAAUGAAGUUUUGGAGCUCAGCAUUCAAAACAUCCAGGUUGACAACCAACUGUUGGGUACCACCCAGCCUGUGAUGCUGUGUGUGACGCCUAGCUCUGGUGACGGCAGUGUCAUUGACAGUGGUCCAGCCCUGCAGGUCAACUCAGUUAAGGUUCCCAGCAACCUCAUGCUUACAGAUCUCUUCAAGCACCUCAUGGUGACAGCUCGACGUUUCACAGUCAUCAUUGAAGAAAAACUGCUGCUCAAACUGCUCAGUUUCUUUGGAUAUGGACAGACAGAAGCUGAGAUGGAGAAGUUGGAUGAAAACCUACAUGGGAAGCACGAAGAUGCGGGACCUCCCAAACGUUACUACUUUGAAAACCUGAAGAUAAGCCUUCCUCAGGUCAAACUGAGUGUCUUCACCUCUCACAAGCUGCCUCCUGAUCUCAAGGCUCUAAAGAGCACCUUGGGCUUUCCCCUGGUUCGGUUUGAAGAUGCAAUCAUCAACAUGUACCCAUUCACCAGAGUCCAUCCCUAUGAAACCCAGGAAAUCAUUAUCAAUGACAUCCUCAAACACUUCAGAGAGGAGCUGAUCAGCCAGGCAGCCCAGAUCCUGGGUUCUGUGGAUUUCCUGGGAAAUCCCAUGGGUCUCCUCAAUGAUGUCACUGAGGGUGUGUCUGAACUCAUCAAGUACGGCAAUGUGGGUGGCCUCAUACGCAAUGUCACCCAUGGUGUAUCCAACUCUGCUGCCAAGUUUGCAGGGACCUUAUCAGAUGGGCUGGGGAAGACAAUGGACAACCGGCACCAGAAUGAGCGAGAGUACAUCAGAUACCACGGAGCCACCAGUGGAGAGCACCUGGUAGCAGGGAUCCAUGGACUAGCUCAUGGUAUCAUUGGAGGCAUGACAAGCAUCAUCACUUCCACAGUGGAGGGGGUGAAGACGGAGGGCGGAGUCAGCGGCUUUUUCUCAGGACUAGGUAAAGGUCUGGUCGGCACUGUGACCAAACCAGUUGCUGGUGCUCUGGACUUUGCCUCAGAGACAGCACAGACAGUCCGUGACAUGGCCAGUCUCAGUAACCACAGGCUCAGUGUGCAGCGAGUUAGGAAGCCUCGCUGCUGUAAGGGACCUCAGGGUCUACUGCCUCGAUACUCAGCCACACAGGCUGAUGGUCAGGAGCAGCUCUUCCGCCUCACUGACAGCAUCCACUCUGAGUUCUUCAUUGCUGUGGAGCCCAUCGACAGCUACUGUGUCCUUAUCUCCUCCAAAGUGGUUUACUUCCUGAAACCGGGGGACUAUGUGGACCGCGAGGCCAUCUUCUUGGAGGUCAAGUACGAUGAUCUCUACCACUGCCUGGUCUCCAAGGAUCAUGGGAGAGUAUAUGUGCAGCUCACAAAGAAGGCUGAGAGCACCAGCAGUGGUGUGGCCAUUCCUGGACCCUCCCAUCAGAAACCCAUGGUCCAUGUGAAGAGUGAGAGUCUGGCUGUCAGAAUCUCCCAAGAGAUCAACUAUGCCAAAAGUCUGUACUACGAACAGCAACUCAUGCUCCCUGCCAGUGAGAAUGAAGAUUGCUUACUGCUCGAGUUGUGAUCGUAUGACUUUUCUAAGACUUGUUAUAGGCCUCAGUUUUUUUGUUUAACAAACUGCAGUAAAGGAAAUAUGUACACACUUGGCUAAAUCACAUGACCUGAUAUUUGACAAAACAUAUACAUGUACGUUACAUAAAAACACAUGCAAGGCAGUGUUAGUUUAACUGUGUAUAUGCAGAAAACACUGGUAUUUAUAUGACUGAUGAUGACAGCAGGUGUGUUUAUCCUUCAGAUGUUCUUUAUGUUUGUGAAUAGACAGAACUGUAAAUAAAGCUACAUAGAAAUUAAAACAUACUGUAAUAAUAUACAACCAUGCAAACUAUAACCCAGUGUAAAUACUGUAUUAAUUAUGAAGUAUGAAUAACAACAGAAGCUGAUAUAAUGUGAAAUGUAACAGACUUUACAAUUCUAUUUUGUGUACAGGAAACUAUUAGUUUGCAUGGUGAGAGAAUGAAUUGCACUGAUAUAGGGAGAGGCGAGGGGCAACCUGAAGUCCCCCUGCCCGACACACACUGGAACUGCCUGUCACUUCCUCUCUGCCAUUCACAAUCACAGACCUCCAGGUGCGGUGUCUCUAGUUUAAUUCUACAACCAUUUUUUUAAUAAGCCUGGAGCUCUUGUAUAAAUGACAGUGUUGACUUCUCUCUAAUCAGGCUUCACUUGUUCACAACUUGUUGAAGUUAAGCUUUUGGUUUGGUGUCACAUGAGAUUUUUUUAACUUGGCUGAGUUGCGUGUUUUAAGAGGAGUGGAAUUUUUUUUCUUUUUUUUUUGGACAUACCUGUCAAAAAGAUAGUGGAAUCAAUCUGUGAUCCUUUAUAUAAUGUUCACAUGGGCACUGUUUAAAAUAAAGCACCACAACUGUAAGCA